UCCACUUCUCUGGAAGCUCCUCACCGCCCAGGUGUUCAGCUAUCGCGGCAUGACGUCACGCUGUGCUGGCCGCACUUCCUGGUGCUCGCCAAACACAGCAGGAGCAGAAGUGAGACGGCCGGACAGUUGCGAGCUCGGCUCCCAGAGCGCAAAGUUUGGACGACGCGGACAGGAGACACGAAGUGGCUUAAAAUGUGCUUCAGGUAGCCGGGACACAGAGCUCCAGAGCGGCCGGUCCAGGCGCCGUCGCUUUAGUCUGAAAGCCAGAGCCGGCGAGAAGGCGAGCGGGGUCGCGAUGCUGUAGUCAUGGACAGCAGGAUACGUGAGAAUCCAGAGAGAACGUUUGAUUUGGUUCUACAGGUGGCGUGUCCAGCGUCUGAAAAUGAAGAUCCGACAGUGCUGUGGAAGUUCCCCCAGGACUUCGGAGACCAGGAAGUCCUACAAACUGUGCCCAAGUUCUGUUUCCCAUUUGAUGUGGAAAGAGUGUCCCAGAAUCAGGUGGGUCAGAACUUCACGUUCGUUCUCACCGACAUCGACAGCAAGCAGAGGUUCGGCUUCUGUCGCCUGACCUCCGGCUGCAAGGUGUGCAUCUGUCUGCUCAGCUAUCUCCCAUGGUUUGAGAUUUACUACAAGCUGCUAAAUACCCUAGCAGACUACUUAACAAAACGCCAGGAAAAUGAUCUGAGCGACAUGUUGGAAACGCUCCACGCUCUGGCCGUGCCCAAGCCCAACACGCCAGUGAAUCUGAGUGUGAACAAGUGUUUGCAUAUUGCCAGUGGGCAAGUUGUGAACGAUCCAGGAAGCCAAAAGCCGCAUUCAUACUUCAUAGCCCCAGAUAUUAAUGGACUGCCUACCAUACCUGAAAGUAGAAAUCUGACAGAGUACUUUGUGGCGGUGGACGUGAAUAACAUGCUGCAACUGUACGCCAGCAUGCUGCAUGAGCGUCGCAUCAUCAUUACCUCGAGCAAGCUUAGCACUUUAACUGCAUGUGUGCAUGGGUCCGCUGCCAUGCUCUACCCUAUGCACUGGCAACACAUCUACAUCCCUGUACUUCCCCCACACCUGCUGGACUACUGCUGUGCGCCCAUGCCAUAUCUUAUUGGAGUUCAUCUGAGCCUGUUAGAGAGAGUAAAGAGUAGAUCCCUUGAAGAUGUAGUCAUUCUGAAUGUGGACACAAAUACACUGGAGAGCCCCAUAGAUGACCUGCACAACCUGCCCAGCGAUGUGGUUUCCAAUCUGAAGAGUAAGCUGAAGAAGCAGUCGACUGCUACGGGCAGCGGAGUGGCUCGGGCCUUUCUGCGCUCACAGGCCGCUCUGUUCGGCUCCUACAGAGACGCUCUGAGAUACAAGCCUGGAGAGCCAAUCACCUUCUGUGAGGAGAGCUUUGUGGCACACCGCUCCAGCACUAUGAGGAAUUUCCUUGAGAUGGCUGUGAACCUGCAGCUCUUCAAGCAGUUCAUUGAUGGCAGACUGGCCAAAUUAAACGCAGGAAGAGGUUUCACAGACGUCUUUGAGGAAGAGAUCACAGAGGGGGGCUUCUGUGGAAGUAAUUCAAGAUCCUAUCAACAGUGGAUGCACACGGUGAAGAGAGGAGUGAAUAAAGCCAGUCCAGCAGUGAAAUCAGUAUACAAGAUUGCCAAAGUACAUGCAAAAAAAGGCCUGCAGGGUGUGAAGGACAGGAUUAGACAGAAGGACACUGAAGACGAGGAUGGUCCAUACUGUGCAGGUUCUCCCACCAGCACUAAAAGCCUCUCACCCAGGAGGCUUCAGAAGCGAAGGUAUCAGGUUCAGAAGUCCCCCGUGAUUGUUGGCUUUAAUGACUAUGUCAUUGAUGGAGAAGAUGAACAGGACACAGCCAGCAAGAUCUCCUCAGAGGACAGUGGGGAGGUGCCAUCCUACACAGAGGACAGUGAUGAGUCAGAGUUGGAACCUGAAGCAGGACGGGCAGGGCAGAUGAAUUUGCUGGAGGAGAUCCUGGACUCCUUGAGCACCACCAGUAUAGAACAGGGCAAACUCUCUGCUGCCAAGAGCCUCGAUUUCUUCAGGUCACUGGAGGACCUCGAUUGUGAUUUCACGAACAAAUCCAGAUCUCCAAGUGGGAGCAGUCCAGCUGAGGCUGGCUCAGUAGAUGGAGUGGGCAGUGGAGAUCAGAGUGGCUGGAAUAUGGGGCAGGAUGACAGCGCUCUCCAUGGCAAGCAUCUUCCCCCUUCACCCCGGCGCCAGUGCAGCACCAGGUCCUUACCAGUCCCCUUGCCCAAAGCCUCCAAGGACCUUCCUGACACAGGCCUCCCACAGCCUUCAGCCAGGAAUUCUUUCCAAGAGGAACCAUUCCAGCCUGAAAAGGGCAAACCUAUUAUCGCUGACGCUCCUGCCCACCUAGAGCCCCUCUCAGACCAGCAGCUGAGCCCAGAUGACCAACAACCAGUGGCCUCCUGCGCCCUCCGGAGGAAGGUCCUCUCCAAACAGACACUGAGGCAAUACCAGGAGCGGCAAGGUGGAGCUGGAGCCACAGGGCAGGUCGGCAGGCAGCCCUCAAUGCUCGUAUCCUGGGAGAAGGAGCGAGAGGACCAUAGAGGACAAAUUGAGGAGGAAGGGGUGCAGGAGAAAGGCUUGCUGGAGGAGAUAGAGUCCAUGUGUCUCCUCAGGACAGCCGAUGACUCCAGCCUGCAGCUCAAGCAAAUUCAUAACAACACCGACCUGAACAAAAGUUGAGAAUGCAGGCAUCGUCUAAGCAUGCUCGUCCUUCCAUCCUUCACUUAAGUAUACUACCUUCUUCUCCUUCUGCGUCUAAGGUACUGAGGAUAAUAUUGCUUUGAUUUCUUUCCAUGUGUUUCAUGAUUUGAAGUUCUUGUAAACAGUAGGUCUACAUAUUUCUCAUGUUUGGUAUGAACGUUUGAAAGGCGUGUAGAAACGGGCAUGUUGUGAAGACAAAUGAACGCUGAAGAGUGCUGUAAUGGAUGAAAAGGCACGGAGUUCCACCUUUUUCUCCUGUCUCAUGAUUUUAUAUAUAUAUAUAUAUAUAUAUAUAUAUAUAUAUAUAUAUAUAACACAGUAAAUACAUCCAGUUCUAAAUCCACACUUUGCACUUGUAAACAAGGACAUUAAUCACUGUAACUCUAAAUCUCUAAAUUGCUGUGUUUGGAGAACAAAGUUCUGUCCAGAUUAAUGUAUUUUUGAAAAAGAAAAAAAGACAGAGAAUUUUAGCCAAACAAGAUGCCUUAAACUGAGUUAUGAUUUGCUUCUGGCACUACUUAGUGUUAUCAGACGUUCACUCUGGAAUCUACACAUGAAUGGUACCUUCGCUCGUCUGUAGCUGUAGGUCAAUCGUAUUCCUCCACGGCUUAUUCUUUGGAGGUGUGUGUAUGUAGAAGUCAGCUAUUUACGUCACAUUUUCUGUAAUUAAUGAAACGUUUAUUUUUAGACACGUUUCUUUUCCAAGACUAUUCUCAGGUCACUUUAAGUAGUAUUUAUAUGUUGACUCUUGCCUUGCUGUACGGUAGACUGUCAGUAUACAAACUGACCCUUGACCCCAGAGUGGUAUGAGAACAUAUAGAUAUUUAACACUGAAUGAUUCCAGUUUACUCUAUCUUACAGUGUUUGUCGCACAGCCUUAACAUGUAUAGUGGAGGCCAGUACACAGCACCUUGAAUUAUAUUUUGCCUGUUUCAGAAGCAUGACCCCUGCUGUGCUGUAGCAGAACAGUGCAAAAAUUAUCAACUAAUCACACCCAAAGUCUAGAAACCGCCCAGAACUGAGAAAUAGAUUUCUUAAUGAUAGUUUAAAUAUUGAGUGCCACAUUGAGCUUUCAGGGAAAUGUCUUUUAUUUCAAAGUAUGCCUGGCUCCUUUGGAGAGAUUUGAGCUUUUCGUAUUCACUUCGGUCACCUUUGGCUAUUUACUCCAAAGCCAUAUUGGAGCAAACGAGUAGAAGUGUCAGUUUGCUGGGCACUUGUUUCAUUUGAGCAGAUUAAGUAUUUAGGCUCUUAGGCUUAGUGAUUUACUCCACAUGGCAUUCUGUCAGACACUUUAACAGCCGACCUCACCCCCUCCUGUGCCCUGCUUUGUGGUAACGAUGUGCUUGUAAAAGCAUUCCAUGAUUUUUUUUUUCUCCUUUUAAAAACCUCGCCUCAAAUCUGUAUUUCAAUUUUUAUUUAGCCUGUUCACUCUUGCUCUAAAAGUCUGAGGUUGUCACGAACAUAUAUGCAGGCUUUUCCAAUGCUUUCCUAUUCUUUGGAAAAUUGAAAGGCCCUAAAAUAGAACCCUGAUGAACUAUGCAAAUUCAUUUUUCGGGUUCUAUUAGAUAUUCAAUUUUUAGCUCUUUGCAAUAAGAUGUCAAUAUAUAUGAGUCUCCCGCAAAGUUGUAUGUGGUAAAUAUAUCUAAAAACCUCAGUUGUAUCAUUAUGAUGAUCAGUUUUACUCUGUACUGCUGCUGAAGUGGAGUUGAGGAAAGUCCUACGAAGGUUCAGAGGUACUGGUACUGAAUUUCAAAGGUUGAAUGUUAGCACGGUCAAAGAGUAUUUGCUAAAAAUGAAUGUGCCAUCCAUUAGCAAAUUAGCAUAGUGCUGUUUAUUUUUAUUGUACUUUAUUAUUAUGGAGCCAUUCAUGGUGAUAUUGGAUACAAAAUUAAUUUUGCCCUUUUAUCUUUGCCAUAUAUGCCAUUUUAUCUUCGCUAACCUCAAUAGAAAUGUUGGUACAGGAUAAAUUUUAUGUAUUUUUUUUUAAUAGAAAGUCUUGCACUAGGUUUCAGUUUCCAAAUCCUGUUCAAACUAAAAUAACAGCAGCAUCAGCAGCAGCUUUGACUUCUAGUCUGAAUGUUAGGGUGUGCCUUAAAUUAAUAAAUUAAAUGAUACUCAAGGACGGUUCAGAGUAGGUUCAUUAUUCCUUUCUUUCUUUUUCACAGUUUGCCUGAUUGUACAGUCUUUGUUUUCAUGCACGCUGCACAGGAUGUCUGAGUCCCCUUAAAGAAGCUUUAAAAAACAGGUAUAGCUGAACAUCAUGUUAAUUGAAUUAUUUGGUGUUACGUUCAGCUUUUGGAUAAAAGUUAAAUGUUUAAAUAUUUUGGAUGUCAUUCAGAGGGCCUGUUAGGAUCAAAAGAGCUUAUGAAAUCUCAAUGGAAUAGUUGGGACUGUCUCAUUGUAGCUUUGUCAGUAUUAUGCAUUAUGUAUUAUGCAUUUAAAAACUAGCAUUUCACUGCGACUCAUUGGAACAAAUUACAUUUGUUUAAGUAUUUGUCUUUAUUUCCAUGUCCAUUUAUUUGGGGGAGGUAUAUUUGUCGAGCUUUUUAGAUUACAAUGCUGAUUUAAGGUCUGUUCAUGUGGUUCUUUUGAGCUAUGUAAAAGGCAUAAGAUGAUCUCAGAUCAGCAUUUUUACUGUUUGAUAAAUAUGCACUUGAGAUAGUCGUAUGCAGUAGUCUGGGCAUUCCUGCUCUAAUGACGUUUGGUUCAUUUUAAGUGGUUAAAAAAGUUCCCCUGCUGUUUGUUUACUGAAUUUAUCAUAGUGGGGAAAAACAGUAAUACUUUAUUUGGAUGGUCCACUGUAGGUGUUUUAUAGAUGCUCAGUUUAUUUUUACCUAACAUUCAACUGAAUAUCAGUUAAAUGCAACUGAACUUGGUGUGAAAGGUUCUAUUAAAUCCAUCUCUAAACCUAACCCUAACCCUAAUGUUGCUGAUAAUUAUUAAAAACUAUUACCAGAAAGUUUGUUAAUGAUACAAGUAUCUUUAGAUAAUCUUUAGAGAACCAUCCAAAUAAAGUGUGACCAAAAAAACAUAGUGAAAAAUUACAGCACAUUUUAUAUUUAUUUUUCCAGUUGGAUAAUUUCAUCAAAUAAAUAUACACUGUGCACUUAAAUAUACAGAAAGGGAUAUAUUUAAGCAUGUACCCUGUAGAGGAUGUACCCCCCACUUUGCCCUUUUUCAUCAGUGAUGAUAUAUUUUGUGUCAAGGCUUUUUCAAGCUUACAUUGCAGUCUUAGUGCUGUCUGUCCAGUUUACCUUGUCACUGUUACGUGUUCAAUGCAUUUAAAGUGAUUUAUGAAAUUUUCAACAUUGUUAGGUACAAAUGUGGCUACUUUUCUUUUCAGACCACAUAAUUACCAAGUUAGCAUGAAUAAAUAAUGUUAAAUGGUUAUUAUUUUUGUCUAUUAUUGCAUUUGUUGGCAUUCUAAAAACACUACUAGGCAGCAAAGAAAUUUCACAAGAAAACAGCAAGUUCUGAAAUUUAAUGGGGAAGUACUUGAUCUGUAGUAGAAGCUGUUCUGAAAAGUCAAGUGCUACUACAAUCAUCUGUAGUCUCCAUCUCCUGUUUACAGAUGAUCCAUCUUGUUGAGCAGUUCUCGCUCUUAAAAUUGAAAGCUUACUACUGUGCUUACUUCUGCCAUACUUAAGGUUCUUACGAAGUGUAUGAUGAAAGAUGUAAAUUUAAAAGGACAAAUAAACUUGUCAGAUUUCUUUUUUUGUCAGUAUGUUCAUGCAUGAUCUUUUUUUUUUUUUUUUUUUAAUUAUAAUUUUUGCUUAGUGUUUUUUGUGUUGUUUUUUUAAAUUCUCUGAUUUUACUGUGCAGUUAUUUGACAUUAUAUAUUGUAGUGGAACUACUGUUUUUUUUUUCUAGAAUGUGCUUUUUACUGCAGGUCAAAAAUCUGCUUCUCAAAGAUUUACUAUGUACACAUUUGUAUGAUUUUGAGCAUUGCUGUAAGAUGCCCUCACUGGAAAACAAAUCAGCUUCUGUAUAUUUGGCCCACACUCCAUACAGUCUUUUAGAGGAAUUAUAGGCUUAUAGAAAUAAUCAGAAUAUCAUUUCGACACCUCCAUGUCAAAGUUUGGACACAUUCUUCUGUAACGGUAAUAUAUACCCAAAAUGGCCUUUUGUUUCAGUGCCUACAUGCGCAGCCCCACAUACUUCAGUUGAGCUCCCUGACUGGCUGUAAGCUGCUGUAAGGGCUGUAUUGAGUGUGAGUGCAAUAAAUAAUGCUCAAAAUCUUACAUUAUAGCUUUAAGCGACAAAUGAUCCUGCAUACUGGUUCAUACAAUCCCUAAUCAGAUUUAUUCAAACAUUCUCCAACAGUGACAAUCAAUCGCUGCCCUGUAAUGACACACAAAUAUAAAAAUACAAAGCUAUCACAAAGGAAUGUGGUUUGAUCCGUCAGGUACUGUGGUGAUCAGAGUCUAUGCAUUUCAGUUGUGGUCUUAAGUGGUUAAAAACUCUGUCCAAGUGCAGUUGCAUGCCCUCUAUACUGACGUAAUAGUGUUCAAGGACAGUAAAGGUCAAUCUAAUGUGUUGUUUCAGGAACUACUGGUACAACUGUAUGCACUGUGAACUGAGAAUAAAUUAUAUAGAUGUUUAUGCAACUUUUA